AUCCUCUCGAGUUCCAUUAAACCUAAUUACCUCGAAAAGUAUCCAAACAAUACCAAUAUUACAUUAUAAUAUCACUACGAGCAAUAUUUCCAACGCCAAAUACGCGAUACAACAUUCAACGACCUACAAAUUACAGUCGAACGAAAACAAAGUUCUAGUAAAAUUAUAAACAUUACGGGACGAGCCGGCAGUCGCGUUCGAAACCUCGAACGAUACGGACGUGCGCGGCCGACUAAAUUUAUUAAAUCAUCAUUGUAACAAGAAAAAAAAUACAAUAUCGAAUAAAAAUUUAAUAUAAAAUCAAUACAAAAUUAAAUACAAAAUAAAUCAUUGACAAAAAAGAAAAAAAACAACAAAUUCGAAAAUAAUAUUUUUUCUCUCGCAAUAUUAUUCGCAAAAUUCAAGGAUAUAUCUCACGAUACCAUCAAUGGAGGAUUAAAUAUCCUCCAUCUUGGGAGACCCGAGAGACUCGAAUGGAAAGACCUUAACGAUCCCGGAUAGGAUAGGUUUUCAAUACACAUCGAUUCUCCUUCCCCUUUCUCUUCCCUCCCCCCCUCUCUCCCUUUUUGUUUCGAUCAUUUUCCAGCCGCGAUCGAAUCGAGAAAUCUCAGCUACACCUCGAUAAUCCUCGCGGGAUAAAAGUUGGCGGGUUAAAAGUGGCUAAUGCCCGAUGAAAAGUCUGAGAGGGGGGGAGAGAGUGCGGGGUACCUUCGAGAAAACGGCGAGUCCGUGGAUUAAGCUAAUAGGAACCCCGUGGAAUUUAUACCAGCCACGGCUUAAAAGUUCAAUUUCUAUUCGACUUGGGAAGGGAGAGAUCGAAACGUCGAUUCAAUUACGAUUAAGGGAUUAAGCAAGAUGCGUAAGACGGUCUUUUUCAGUUUUUUUUUCUCUCUCUUCCUUCUCUCCCUUCAUCUCUUUUUCUCUUUUACUCUCGUGGUGGUCGAAAGUUAAAAUAUGCCUCGUCGAGGAUACUCGAGCUACCGCCUAGUCGGCUAAGUCAAGAGAGCAUGAUAAUCCAACGAGGCUUUGACACUUGAUUAUCUCGCCGCCCCUUUUUUGCAUCUUCCGUCAUGAAUUCUCGUGGUCGAUGCUCGUGGUUGAUACUCUCCAUCUUUUUUUCCUUUUUCUUUUUUCGAAAGAUAUCGAGGGAUGAAAUUAAAUUCUCUUUUGAUUUUAAAAGUUAACAAUAACCCAUUCAAAAUUGUUCUCCACGUUAUUUUUGAUUAUUUAUUGCAAUAAGAAUCAAUUUCUUCGUUGAUCUUUAUACUUUAAACGUGAUAUUUUUCGCGAUGUAAGCUAGGAUGCUUUUUCUUUUUGGAUUCAUUUGGAAUGUUGAAAGAAAAAUUUCAAAAAUUCCUUUCGAUGAGAUUCUUAGAACGAAUCAAAAGUAGAGUUAGUAGUAGUCCUCUUUUUUCCAUUCGUUUUCUCUUCUUCUAUUUUAUUUCGUUCAGACAACCAUUCCCAAAACAUUCGAUCACCCAAUACCUUCGGUGGCCAUAUACUUUUUUCACCUUAAUCUCGUCUCUUCUUCCACGUAUCUCGAACACAUAAACAUUCGCACCAACUUCUUAUUCCCACGGCUGUAAUGUACAUCCCUUUGGAACUUUAACAUUUUUCUAACUUAAACCACUUUUUUAUUCUUUUCUUCUCGUAAACAUCGACAAUAUACGAAUUGUGUAAUAUAUACAAUUUAAAAAAGUUUGUUAAUUUACGUUCUCCUAUUUAUAAUUUACGAUAUUAGAAUUAUAAUUUUAAUAAAUAUAAUAAAUAUUCUGCGAUUAAUAGUUGUAUAAAACUGUAAUUUUCAAGACGAAUAUUUUCCACCGUAUUCCAAUUCUCGUAUGAACAAAGAGAAAUCAUUGGUGAUAAAUUGAAGAUUCAAAUACCAUCCUGUUAUUUUUCGCAUUUCCAAGAUCUGUUCAACGUAAUCCAAUAAACCUGGUAAAGUUUAACUUGAAUUCCAAGAAUUCGUAGCCGGUUGGAUGUCGCCAUCCAACGAAGAUUUAUGAAUUUCGGGUUGGAGGAAAGGGAGGACUGGCUGGGGCCACUUUGACGAACUUUCAACUGCAAACUCCGAAACGCCAAAGUUUCCAGAGGUUGAAGGGCGAUACGGCCGUCCACGGUCUCAAAGACUUGCUCGAAUCUAUCCACCAGUGUUUGUGAUAAAUGAAGAAUACUCUCAACCCUCCUCCCUGUUACGCGAUACCUCGAAUUCGUAACCGUUCAUCACUAUGCGUGGCGCGCAACGAUGAAAAACUAUCGUGUCGAGCGUAUCCAUCGAGCGAAUGAAAAAUUAUCAAUCCAUAACUUCGUUAACGUUAAAGUGUUCAUUCUGAAACUUUGGAAAAAAUACGACUCUGUUCUUUUUUUUUUUUUUUUUUUCCGUGAAUAAAUUUUACGGGGAUAAAUUAACGCUGAAUUACCGACGAAGAACGAGUCGAUACUUGGUUUUCUGAUAUUUUUAAUUAAGAGGUUAGGUUACCAUUCCAAAUGUGGCGAUAUAUUUCGUUACGUGAGGGUAUAGAGAUCGGAUUCAACGCGUAUCUUUUCGAACGAAGGUGAGAGAAAAAUUUAGAGAUAAAGAAAAAUUGAGAAAAGUUGAGAAAAUAAACUAUCGACGUUACUACCGAUGCAUUAUCGACGAACGGUAAUAAAGAACGAGUUUCAUUGCGGACCGGUUUUCCAAUAUCGGCCUCUUCAACUUUCGUUCAUAAUUUACGAAAUAAAGAUAUAAAGAAGAGGGUAAAGAAAAGAAUAAUUUGUCUCUCCGUCAAGACAGAAUGAACUUUUCGGUUUACGAGUUCCUUUGAAUCAAUGAUUAAUACAGAUCGUGAAAUAAGAAGUUUUUUUAAGAAAAAACUUUUCUUUUUUUUUUUAAGGAAAUAUUUAACUUGAAAAAAAUAUAGAGCACUGCAGAAGAAUUUUUCACGUCGAACACGUUUUUAAGACGGAACACACUGUGAUUGUGUAUAUACUUGUACAUAUUUUAAAUUGUAAAAACGUACGACUGAAAUUCUGUUCCUCAAGUACGUAAAAAGAAUGUUUUCAAGUACUUAAACUACGGCUCGAGGGAUUUUUAACACCAAGUUUUGAACCAUUGAUAAAACGUUCUAAAACUUUAGUAACGAAAUAAAAGUAAAAAAAGGAAAAAAGAAAAUUUAAUUUUUAUCUAGAUCGUUUAAUUAAAAAUUCGAAAGAAAAAUUAACAUUAAAAAAGAAAAAAAAGAAGAAAAAAUACCAAAAUCGCUCGAAAUUAAUCGAUACUUACUCCUCGAAAGAAAUAAUCAAAAUCGUUUAACAUUUAACAUUAAAAAAAAAAAAAAAGAAACCCCAUAAAAUUGGGAAGAAUUAAAAAUAGAUAUCAUCAUCGAAUUUUCACCACAUCUUGAUCGAAAUCAUUAUCGUUGAGCUCGAUGUUUGGAAAAAUUAUAUAAACAAAAAAAAAAAAAAAGAAAUUAACUAACCAGUGCUGGGAUGUCCCCAUGACAAAAGGGAGGCACGUGGUGAUGUCUUGUUGUUGUUGGUGCUGCGACAACCUCGGCGGACCCGGUUCUUCAAGUGCUGGGGGUGUUGUUACUGGUGCAUCUGGUGGUAGUAUCGUAGUCGGUGCAAAUAACGGUGGUGGUGGUGGUGGCCUGGGUAUUGCUUCCGGCCUUUCCGCAAUGCUAUCGCUGGUAGUCGUCACUGUCGCUAUCAGUACGGGAGAGUGGCUCCUUACGGAGGAGAAACUGCCGAAAACUUCGUCGAACGCCUCUGUCGAACCGGACAGCAAAGUUACUUACAGUGGCCUGUGGAGGGUCUGUGUCGCCAUAAGCUCCCGUAUGGAAUACGAGUGCUCGAGGAUCGACUAUUUUCCAAACGAGGAGUACAGCCCUGAUCCGAGCGACUCGACGAUGGCUAUACCAUAUGCAGUUACCAAGUCGGCAAUGUUCUUCUUCGCUGCAACAUCGCUGCUGGUGGUAGCCGAAGUUUGUUACUUCACAGCUCACGUUACUCACCCGAGACACAGACUUUGCGUCUUUGUCGCUGGCGUGGUCUUCAUAGUUUCCGGUUUGUUAAUGCUGGUGGGAAUGGUGAUGUACAUAUCUGUAUUCAAAGCCGAGGUUGGUAGUAAGCUUAGACCAAGAUCGUCGUUUCAGGGGCCACCCUUCACCUACAGGUACGGAUUCUCAUUUUUGCUGUACGUGAGUGGCUUCAUCACGACCGAGGUCGCUGGCACUUACGCCAUCUUCUUGUAUAUCUCUUGGCACCAGAAGGAAUUGGUACGGAGAGACUCGAGGCGAAAAAAUUACGGGGGAGUGUAUCAUUUAGACAAUCACCACGUGCAUCAUGCGAAUCAUCACGCGAUCUUGGGCCACAGUGGUUUCCUCUGCGAAAGGCAUCAGAAAAGAUACUUCUUCGGAAGGGAUUCGGUGGACCACGUGGAUUUCGACGAAUUUUUACCACCACCGCCCAAUUUGGAUUACCACGAUUAUUCAAGACAAUUUCCUAGGGAUCUUACCACGCAGACGGUCAGCACGACAGCCGAUGUCCUUCAAGAAGAAGAAGAGGAAUACAGUCCUAGUGUGCAACACGAGUUCGUGACUUUCGAUCUUGACGAGCCUUUGCCACCCCCACCACCGAUCAGAGGUGGUGAAUGGACCUUCGACACAUUGAGAAAAACUACCCCCGUCUGAUAUACCGUCAGAUACGCGAGGCUGGUGCAAAGCGUAGAAAGCGAGGAGGAGGAGGAGGAAGAGGAGGAGGAAGCGGAAACCGAGGAGGACCACGACAUAGCCGGUGAUUAAACAAAUCGACUCGCUUUUUAAUGAGAUACCUCGGCAACCGAGAGAUGCUUUCAUCGUUCAAACUUCAUCAGGGGAAAAAGGAGGAGAGAAAAAAGGAAAAAGGAAAAAACGACCAGUCUCGAAGGGAACUCGAGGGAGCUCGAUCGACAAGUUUAUCGAAUUUCGGUUUUUUUUAAUAACUCGUCAAACUUUCACGGAUGUAAUUCCGCCCCGAUCCGUGUAAAGGAGAAAAAGUGAAUGAUGUUCCAAUGAAAUAACGACUGAGUGACAUCGUUUCCGUUUCGUAAUUCGUUUCAUCGCGCAUACACAUAUAUAUAUAUAUGUCUUUUUUUAUCCAAUUUUUCUUCCCAUUAUUUUCGUCGAGGAUACGACGAAAAUUCGAAAUGAAAUUGAAAAUGAAUCAAAGGUGAGAGAAGAAACGAACAAAAAUCGAACAAACUUGAAUUAAUCUCGAUUAAUCUUCGAUUAAGAUCGAUUAAGAUUGAUCAGCUAAUUGACUGCCAGUUUCGAUCUCGAAUCUAAUGCGAGACAAAUAUGGUGAUUUUCUUUUUUAAAACGAACCGUCCCAAUGAGAGAAAGGCGAUGAGAAACGAUAAGGAAUUAUAGGAAAAGAGCUUAGAGAGAGAAAUUGAUUUAAGUAUCGUUGAAUUUUUGUAUUUGUAUGAAAAAUCGUUGAUGAUGAUAUCGUUUAUGCGGUGUGUUUAGAAAUUUAGAAAUGUAGCGUAUAUCUUAUGUAUAGAAUAAAUGGUGAAAAAUUCUUCGAAUAAAUUUUCGUCGUUUUUAAAUUCAUCGAUUGUUAACGCGACGGUAACUUUCUAGUUUUAUAGGAUUAUUUAUCGUUUGUUUCUUAUUUAUCCGUGGUGUGAGAAAUAUAUCCGAGGAAGAGGAAAUUUUUUAAAAAGUUUUUUAAAAAGACUGUAACACACAUCUGCCAUUAAUUGAAAGCAAUCGAGACUGCGAAUCGAUUAAUUUAUAAAUUCAUAAACAUUAAUAUAUUUGUAGUGAUCGAACGUAUCCAAAGAUUUUAUCUUUAAUACUAUGGGGACCAAGAGGAAUCAAAAUUUCCUUUUUUUCUUUUCUUUUUUUUUUUUAUUUAAAUUAUUUUGAAAUUUUUUCGAAUUAUUUUUUUCUAAUCAUCUGUUUGAUAUUUGUUAUCUGAUAUCGAUAUUGCUUUAAAGAAUGAAGAAAUAUUGAAGAAAUAUCGUUGUAAGAAUUUUUGCUUACUUACAGUUAUUAUUGUAUUUUAAUUUUACUUCUUUUUUUGAUAUCUUUAGAAUAAUUUAUAUUCUGUUUAUAUUUUUUUUUAUUUCUAUAUAUAUAUAUAUUUUUUUAUAUAUAUUACAAUAUAAGGUCUUCGUGGUGUUAAAAUGAACAUAAAUUUCUACCAAUGAUUUGAUAUCAAUAUAAUUAAAAAUAUUGACCGAAAAUAUUGAUUAAAUCGAAUCGAAAAAGGGAUUAUUGGAGAUGAAAUAAACUAUACUGAAAGGAUAUCAUGAAAGGAAUUUCUUCAAACGAAGAACAAGGAAUUGGAAAAAUUUUAAAAAUGGAAUAGUGAUUCGUUAAUUAUAUCACAAACUUUAUCUCAUAAACUAAAGUGAUUAAGAGAGUUAUACUGUACAGAACAUAUGAUAUUGUUACAUUAUUAUUAUGUCUAAGAAUUUUUAACACGAUUAAAUAGAUAAUAAGUUUUUUAUACAGUAGUCAAUUUUUCACCAGAAUUUAUAUACUAACUUAUUGAGAUUAAAUAAAGAAGAAAAUUAUUAUUAUUAUUAUUAUUAAGAUUGUCUAUUAAUCAAAUAGUUAAUCAAAAAUAAAGAAAAUUUGAUUAAAAGUCUGAUGAGAAAUAUAUAUAUAUAUAAAUCAUUUUAAAUUGUAUAAACUUUUUUUCUCGUUUAAAAAAAAAUAUUAAUUUUCUUUUCUUUAAUCGUAUUAAAUAUAUAAAUUUUGAUAAAUAAUUUUCUUAAAAAUAAUCAUCUUUUACAAUUUAUUAAUUUUUUCCUGACUCUAUAUUUUUAAAUAACUUUUUAUAUACAACAUUCCAGUCACAUAAAAAUUAAAAUUAAAAUUCAUAUCUUAUAUAUAUACAUACAUAUAUGUUGUUAUGAAAAAAAAUGAGAUAUUGUAAUGUAACAUAUCCAAUUCAAAUUUACAAAAUUGAAUUCUUAGCAAAUUUAAUUAAUUAAAAGUAUGAAAAUUUUAUAUAUUUCCAAAAUUAAAUCAUUUAAUAAAAAAAUAAAUAACUUUGAUUUACAGCAUGAAUAAAUUUUUACGUAACUGGAACGUAUAAUAAACGAUAUUAUUGCAAUAUAAUGGCUUUAAUGUUUUUUUCCUAAUUUUACAAAAACUACUUGUAAAUAAAUUUAAUAUUUGCAAUACAAUAUAUAUUGUAAAAUGCGUUUAUAAAGAAAAUUCAUUUUAUAUUGUACAUUUGUAACGCUCAGAGUCAAAUCAUUAAAUGUGAGACUCAAAGAUUUCUUAAUAGUUUUUAAGUAAAAUCAAACUGAGCAAAUAAUAUUUGAUAAAAUAAAAAAAAAUUGAUUAACUUAUUAAAUAUAACAUUUAUCCUUAAUAAAGAAAAAAAAGGAAAUUCUUCAAAUAUUAUCAUUGUUUAUAAAAUAAUCCAUGUUUAUUAAUAUGUAUUAAAGGUUCAUCAUUUAUGUAUUCGAUGGUGAUAAGCUUAUCUAAACUUUACAAUUUGUACAAUAAAGUUUCUUCAAAUUAAAUCUUGAAUUA